AUGGUAGAAGCUGAAAGACUACAAUAUCACAGGUUCCACCAGAACAAGUUUCGCUCCUAUCAACUGCAAGGCCUACAUGAGUGCCUAAUUCAUGGUGAGACACAGGCUGCAGGAACUGGCAAACGAGUUAUCUUGCCGUCUUUAUUUGUCGGCGGUCCCUGGUAUGCCGGUUACCCUAGCUAUUUCAUUACUAUCACAUGUAACCCAGAUUGGAACAAGAUUAAAGAUUGCGUUGCGGACUAUUCAUUAAAGCCAAGUGACAGGCCUGAUAUCAUAUCAAGGGUUUUCAAGAUCAAGUUAGAUGCCUUGCUAAAAGACUUAAAGGAUGGUCCAUAUUCGGAAAGCCCAAAGGAGCCAGCCGAGAAGCCUAGAUCAUCCGAUGAUAUUGACCAUCAUAUAUCGGCCGAGAUACCUGACGAACACACUCAACCUAAGCUAUACAGCCCGUGUAUGGUUAAUGGGAAGUGUUCCAAGUUUUAUCCAAUGCCAUUCCAUGAGAAAACAGCCAUAGACAGUGCAGGUUUUCCCAAGUAUAAACGGUCAGAUAAUGGUCGUUCAACAAGCAAGAGGAAUGUUGACCUCGACAAUCGGUUUAUUGUCCCGUACAAUGCAAAAUUGCUUCUUAAGUAUGGGUGCCACAUAAAUGUUGAGUAUACUUGCCAGACAUCUGCUAUUAAGUAUUUGUUCAAGUACGUCCACAAAGGUAAUGAUCGUGUCACAGCUUCAUUUUUCCGAUCGCAUGAUUCAGCUGAUUCUGUUGUCACUGUGGAUGAAAUCCAAAACUACUAUGAUUGCCGAUAUAUAUCUGCUUGUGAGGCAUCCUGGCGGCUAUUCGGGUUUGAGAUUCAAUUCAAAGAGGCUAACAAGGAUUUUGAUCUGGCCCGUACACUAACUUACACGGAGAUGCCGUCAUUUUUUGUUUGGGACAAGCAAGGGCAUAUGUGGAGGCCACGGAAGCAAGGGAAUGUGAGUGGUCGUCUCACACAUAUUCCUCACUCGCAUGGAGAGGAGUACUACCUUCGUUUGUUAUUGAAUUAUCAAAAAGGGUGCCAGACAUUUGCUGAUGUUCGUUCUAUUUGUGGCAUUGUGUACGAUACAUUCAAAGAUAAUUUACUUAUAUAUAUAUGUGAUUAA